AUGUUCAGGCCACCGGUAUCUAGUCUCAGCACCAUACAUCUCGCAUUACUGCUCCUCACCACUCCUGCUACUAGCGACCCCUGCACCUUCAACCACACCGCAGCGUGCGACACCCAACAGAUUUGCACGCCCAUCGAGUACACCAAAUGCCUAAUCGCGCACAAUUCCAUCACCGCCUCAAUAGCCUGCAUCGGCGAAGCCAACAAGCUGCUGACAAACUGGUGGAAUGAACCCCCCACCAACCCAAAUACCUGCAACACCAAAAAUCCCGACGCGGACGACGACACCAACGACAUCGACAACUUCCUCGUAUCAUUCGGGCAGGAGUUUGUCAAGGCGGCCGAUAGCGUCAGUUGUAAUUGCAGCCCGGGCGGCGCGAUCAGUGAUUGCCAAAUGGACUGGACGGACGACGCGGCCUUCGCAAAGUGCCUUUGUCAGGAUGGAGUGUCGAAUAAUGACCUGAGGUGCUUGCAUAGCUGUUUGCAGGCGACGGGGGUGGAGUACUGUUUGUCGGAUUUCUGUAAUGCAGGAGCAAAGGCGGGGACUUUGUUCGAUCAGGCGGUGUUGGGGUCGUGCAAAAAUCCUACGAACGAGGCGGCGUCGGGUGGUGAUUCAGGUACCGCGGACACCUCUGAUGCACCUGCGGCUGCCACUUCUGUGGCCGCUUCUUCCUCAGCUCCAUCCAGCACCGUGAGUUCGAGCAGUCCAGCUGCUACAGCCAACCAAGCGGCGUCUCCUUCCACCACUUUGCCGUCACCGAGCCCAACAAAAUCUGGAUCUGAAGCAAGGCGUAUAAAAGCAAGUGAAUUAGGAUACUUGUUCUUGAUUAUAUACAUCGUACGUUGA